AUGCUCCAACGGGACUACAACCGGGUCUUGCAUGCCAUCCAUGAAUAUGAGGCCUUGGCAAGCCACUACGAAGCUGAGCUCAGGACCAACCCAUGGACGCUGGAGCAUCCAUUGUGGCAGCAGUACGAGGCGGCCAGCCAACUGCGGGAGUACCAUGGUGUGCUGGAUGAGCUGGAAACACUCGUUGUUCAGUGCAUCUUUGAGCUGGAGAAGUUGUCCAUGAGGGGUACCGGCUAUGCUAUGCAAACUGCCAUUGCCCGGGCACUCAAUGCCCGCAGCAAGGCAAUCCAAAGUUCAUUGGCCCGCUACAACAAGCUGGCCAGCAGCUUGCGCCCGCCCCGGCCCGUCUUGCAUACAGAGGAAGUGCUAGACUAUGCUAAUCUGGCUGACUUUUCCCUGCUACGCUUUGCUCGCGACGACAUCCGGGCCCAACGGUGGGCCGAUCCUCGAGUCCGGGAGGUGGUUCGGAAAUGGAAGCUCGUCCAGUGUGCUGAACAAGAAUUGGACCGCUUGAACAUAGAGAUCCGUUGGGUGUGGACCGCUCUGCAUGAUGAGCCCGCGUACAUGGAGCCCUGUAUCCAGAAUGUUGAACAUGCCGGCGAUACCGUCCUGGCUUCUGCCAUGCGCCGGUAUGUCGAUCGCCGGCUGCAGGGCAACGCUCGCAUCCAGGCCCGCCUGCAGGAGAUCACCGCCUUGCCAGGAUUCACCGGGCAAUCUGAUCUUGGAAGCCGUGCUGGCAUCUUACAUCCAAACGUAGCUCCAGGCAGCUGCGCCGGGCCCCAAGCUCGGGCCUCCCAAGCAGGUGGAGGUGUUGCCGUCGACUGGGAAGCUGCAGCCUUCCCAGACCUACCAGAGGCAGGCGACCCGGAUGAUGAUGUAGCGGAGGACUGGGACCGUGUUGCUGAGGCGCUAUCUAGUCUUGAAACGGAAAUGUAG